AUGCCGUACGGCCGGAAGCCCGCGCGGAGCAGGAACACGUGCCAGGUGAAGUCCGUCACAGACAGCGCGCGGACGUUCAAGACCAUCGAGCUCGACUUCAACAGGGCAGAUUGGGACCUCAGCCUCCGAUCGAAGUUCAACAUCCUCCCCGUCGUCCACCGAGACGACGAUGGCGAGAUCGUUGGCAUGAACACAGAGUACAUCUGCCUGCGCGCGAGGCCACGUGCGGCGACGUCGACGCCACUGCUAGAGGUGGACGGCAUCAAGUUCCCGAUCAACCAGAGCUCGGGAUGGAUAGAGGGCAUCGACGACGUCUUCACUGCUCAGGUGUAG